AUGUCCAAUUAAGAAAUUAAGGAUUUGAGCGCUGGCGACAUAAUGGAAAAAUAUGUAGCCGCAACUACAAAAUUUGUAGAAAACAAUUCAAAAAUUAGCAAUAUGAAAUUAUAUACUCUCAAUAAAAUGAAUGAAACUGCUCAUGCUCAUUUUAAAAAAAAUUAAGAAAAAGUUGACGCUAUUGAGUAAGAAAUCAAAGCAGCCAAUUAGCAAUAUGAUAUUCUUAGAUAGUAUUUUAAAUAAAUUGACGAUGUCGGAUAGAGUAUUGAAGGUAUGGAAUCCUCUGUUGAGUACUUAGAUGUAAUUCUAUCUAGAAUAGAAUCUAAAAUAAAUGACUUAGAAAGUAUGAAAUGA